UGUCGGGAAAAGCUGGGCUUGCGGGAGAAGAAGAAGGACUACAGGCUCCGCGCCGAUGACUAUCACAAGAAACAGAAUGCCCUCAGAGCACUUCAGAAGAAAGCUCUGGACAAGAAUCCUGAUGAGUUCUACUUUAAAAUGAUACGUGCAGAGCUCCAGGAUGGAGUUCAUGUAAUAAAGCAGCCAAAGGAUGAAGUGACCCCCGAACAGGUGAAAUUGAUGAGGACACAAGAUAUUAAAUAUGUGGAAAUGAAAAGAGUGGCAGAAGCCAAGAAAAUCGAGAGGCUGAAGUCGGAGCUCCAUCUGCUGGAUGCUGAGGGGAAGAAUCCCAAUAAGCACGUGUUCUUCUUUGAUACCAAAAAAGAAGUUCAGGAGUUUGAUAUUGCAACUCAUCUGGAUACUGUUCCAGAGCUCGUAGAUAGAGUGUACAACCGACCGACCAUUGCAACAUUGCAGAAGGAGACACUGAAAGGAGCUACAGAUCCUGCCCACUUAAAGAAAUUAGCCCAGCAAAGGAAGAAUCAGUAUGACCUCCUGAAGCAGCGCAUUGAAAGAGAAAAGGCCAUGUUUGUUAUUGCACAGAAAAUCCAGACACGUAAAGAUCUUUUGGACAAAACUCAUAAAGUAAAGGUGAAGAAAGAGACAACAAAUGGUCCAGCUAUUUACAAAUUCAAAUUUCAGCGGAAACGUUAGCCAUUCCAUUAAAUAAUUGUUGCCAUCUUUGCUUAGGAAGAAAGAGGAUUUGCCUUAUGAAGAAGGACUGAUAACACCGUAUCAGUUUGUUUUUCACUGCAGCCUAGCACUUUGUUAAAACCAAUUGCUGUGGGCCUGUGAUAGCCAUAAAUAUAUUGUAUCUAAUUAAUUGAUUAAUAAAUCAGAGAGUUUGUUCUCUUGGUAUUUACAG